AUGUCCUCCUUCGGCGACUUUAGGUUCAUCUGCGAGAUUGCCCCUCUGCCAUUAUGCGCACAAGUCGGUCCUGUCAUCGAGGCCUCUGGCCGCGUGGGCAUUGAGCCCGAAUGCUAUGCCCGCAACAUCGAGCUCGCCAACACCAUCAUCUUUGAAGGCGCCGCCUCCGUUAUGCACAUCGUCGCCCUCAUCAUGACCGUCAUCAUGAUUCUCCACGUGCGAAGCAAGUUUACUGCUGUCGGACGCAAGGAGAUUCUCAGCUUCUUCUACCUGUACAUGCUGCUGACCGCUGUGUCCCUCAUUGUCGACGCCGGUGUGGCCCCUCCUGGCAGCGACCCGUACCCGUACUUUGUUAGUGUACAGAACGGACUCAGCAGCGCUGUUAUCACUUGUCUACUCAUCAACGGAUUUGUCGGUUUUCAGCUGUACGAAGACGGCACACCCCUGUCAGUGUGGAUGUUACGUGUCUGCUCCCUGGUUGCCUUUGCCAUCAGUUUCCUCGUUUCGCUGGCAACGUUUAAGAGCUGGGCCGGACUCGGGCCCAACAAGACUAUUGGCCUUUUCGUUGUUCUCUACCUCCUCAACGCGAUCCAGCUCUUCGUGUAUGUGGCUAUGCAGAUUCUGCUGGUGACGAGAACGCUGCAGGAUCGCUGGCCCCUUGGAGAUAUCGCCUUCGGUAUCUUCUUCUUUGUUGCUGGACAGGUUCUCCUUUAUGCAUUCAGCGCCAAGAUUUGUGUCGCUAUUAGCCACUACAUUGACGGUCUGUUCCUUGCAACUGUAUGCAACUUGUUGGGCGUUAUGAUGGUUUACAAGUACUGGGAUUCGAUUACCAAAGAGGAUCUCGAAUUCUCGGUGGGCACAAGGAUGAACAACUGGGAGGUCAAGGAGCUGUUGCCCGAGGAGGAGCGCAGGGCAACUGUCUUCUCGGAAGAUCCCUACGGCCACUCAAGCUCAUAUGAUCUGCCCUAUUCACCAAGCGCAGCACGAUACUCGGCCAAGUACUAA